GUACUCAAAGACUUGCUUGAGAUCCUCAGCUGCAAUAUGGCGUCAGCGGAAUCCACUCUAUCCAUAUGGACAGUGGCUGAUCUGAGGGGGCGCCUUCAGGAAACCAGCCAUGCGUAGGUACGUUUGAGUCUCAGCUGGCGAUGGUGAGUGAGGUCCCCUCUGACCGGGUACAGCACUGGCAGGUGAGAUUCGAAUGUCUCGAGGGGAACUGAACAGAUAACUGCCGAUACACCUAGCUUCAGCCCUCAUCUUCGUCCGCAUCACAUCCGCGAUGACUUCGUCCACUGCAGUCUGCUUCGGCGAGCUGGCCUCUUCGAACUCCUCUAUGUCGCCGCCGUCUGCGUCGGCGCCCUCUGAGGUAGUCGACGGGACAAUCUGUCCUUCACUGCUGCAGAUCGUUGCUCCACAGCCUAGGCGCCCAGUCACAUUCUCUGUAGAGAAUCUCGCAGACGAUGCUUGCCACGAGGCCAAUGGACGUCCCCGCUCAGCCGAUGCCGGACCGCGCCCAGAGUUGGACGCUGUGCCGUCCUCCGCUGGUCUCUCCAGUCCUCGCCAGUUAGACAGGAUCCGUUCCGACUUCACGCCUACUCUGGGUAGCGAAGCACAGAGCGUCGUGGACCGAAUCAAGCGCCUUGUACCACCUCCGCUUCCGUCUAGAUCUUCAAUUACGUCGCUCGUAAGGCCCGGGAGGCGCAUAGAGAAAGGAAAGCGCACACCACAGGCAUGCGAGAGAUGCAGGAUUAGGAAAACUAAGUGCAAUGGGGCCCGACCGAGCUGCGAAAGGUGCACCAAACGGGGGGCUAAUUGCGAUUAUGUGUUGGAUCACAAGGCCGUAAGGUUCCAGCUCAGGAAGUUGCAGAAGGAAGGCCUUCUACCGGAGACGAUCAAUAUCUCUCGGAGGACAAAAAGCCACGGAGCAGUGCCUGUGCCGAUGACAAGACCUAUGCGGAUGACGCGGUCUAGAUCAAGGCUUGCGUGAGUAUAAUGGAGUGUUAUGGCCCUUCAAUGUCGAAUCACUUAUGUCACAAUGCGUAUGCAGACUCAAUGGCCAGCUCGCCCCGGAGAUGUACGCCGAUGGGCCUUCGUCAGCUCCUGGUGGCACGUUCACUCAAAGCAUGGACCGGAACGUGAGAUCGGCACCUACGCUCGGAACUGUGCCUACCGGCUACUAUGUCUCUCAAUCGGCUGCCCAGUCGCAACUGAGCUGCAUGC